UUGGAAGCAUUUUAGAGCUUUGUUGACGUGCGCAUGCCCAGUAGCCGCAUGUACAUCCUUUCCCAACAUUUGGAGAAACGAGAAAAAGAACGAGAAGAAAUAACCGCAUAUAUUGUCGAAGAUGUUAGUAAGAUGCUGGGUCAUUUACUUACUUCUACAUCUGACAGGCAAUGUGUCUUUGCAGGACUCUACAUUUAGUACAGUUAACAGUUAUGUUGGAGGAUCUGUCACCUUGCCAUGCAGAUAUGAGAAUAAACUGCAAAGUACUGAUGUAUAUUGGCGAUACAAUGCAAGCAGGAAAGUGUUAAGUAUUAUAAAUGGGAAGCCCUCACCAGAAGAACAGGACAAAAUAUUCAGCAAUCGAACAAAAAGUUUCCCUUCAGAGUAUUCUGAGGGAAACUACUCAGUUGAGCUGAAAGAUCUGCAGUUGACACAUGCUGGAAACUACACUUGUUUUAUACAAGACUCAAAUGAGGAAAAGAAGAUACAGCUUUUUGUCAAAGAAAAGCCUGAAAAACAAACUCCAAGCCAAAGAAACUCAUGCAUGAAAACAGAGUCACCGAAGAUUUUCCUAACUGCUCUACUGGGACUUACUUUGCACCUUAUCUGAGAUUUGCUUCCAAUGCCUGUUACAUUUGGUAGCAUUUAGUGACAGUUCUUAAGUCAGAUAGUUCUUCACAUGUUUUGUUCUUAAAGGAGAAGUCCACUUCCAGAGCAAAAAUUUACAGAUAAUAUACUCACCCCCUUGUCAAGACGUUCAUUGCUUUCUUUCUUCAGUCAUAAAGAAAUUAUGUUUUUUGAGGAAAACAUUUCAGCAUUUUGAACCUAAAUGCGGUUGUAAACGAUCCCAGCCUUGUCUUGUCUAACUCUGUCUGAUCUUUUUUUUUUUUCCGGUUCAUGACAGUUAGGGUAUAUUAAAAAAACUCCCAUCUCAUGUUCUCAUUCAACUUCAAAAUCAUCCUAUAUUGCUGUUUUUUUGUUUUUUGUGCAGUGUGUAAUAUUUGAGAAUUUAUUGGCAGAAAUGCAAUAUAACAUUAACUAUGUUUUCAGAGGUGUGUAAAGACCUUACAUAAUAAGCCGUUAUGAUUUUAUAACCUUAGAACGGGCAAUUUAUAUCUACAUACACCUCGGGUCCCCUUACAUGGAAGUCGCCAUUUAGUGCCGCCAUGUUUCUAUAGUAGCCCUAAACGGACAAACUUCUACAGAGCGCGUUUCGUCAGUACGUUGUUGUACUUCUUCGUUGGUGUUUUAAGAGGCCGCUCGUGUCGUCACCACGUUGAAAUGUUGAAACGAUGUUGAGCCGGCAUCGUGAUCCCAUCGUACCCCCUCCUCCCUUUCCCCUCCCGCAAGCCACCGCAUCCCAAUGCCGUGUUCGGAAAGAAAGUUGUGUUUUAAAGGCAAUAAACAUUAGAUGGAAAAAUAUAUAUAUUUCAUUACUUUCUCUCGCAGUUAUAUCGUUAAGUAAUUAUACUGUAUAUAAAUUGCGGGCAUCAGGGGGCCGCUAGUAAUGUGCAUGGCAUUGAAACUGAUUUCGUAUGCACGAUUGCAUUUCACUUUCACUUUUCAUCAUGAUGUUUCACUGUAGACUUCGUCCGAUGCCAAUUUGGUAGACGUCGCCCAACCCUACUAACUGUCAUACAAAAAAUCUAACUAAAGUCAGUGAAUAAACCUGAGACAUUGAUCAAUGAGUAACAAUAAUAUUCGCAAUAACACAUUGGUUUACUGAAUAAUGAAGUAAAUAUAAUUCUUUGACUUACCUUUGUACAGAAACCUCAUCGCUUGAUUGGCUACUGUCCGGUUUAACAGACGACAACAUUUUUGUCCUGUGUCAGCUUCCGUAGCUUCUGUAUGCGUUUCGAAAGGGCGGGGUGAGUGGGGGACUUAGCCGUUGGUUGAAAUUCGAAUCCUCACCGCUAGAUGCCGCUAAAAAUUACACACUGCACCUUUAAGAGUGUUUGAUCUCCUUUACAUGUUCACUUUGCAAAGACUGGGUCGGUACUUCUGCAUCGAUGUAGGAUGAUUUUGAAAAGAUUUUUGAAGUUGAGGGAGAAAAUACGAUUGGAGUUUUUCUACAUACCCUAACUGUCUUGAGUCAGAAUACACAGAGUUCAGGCAGAGUGAGACAAGAUGAGCGUUUGAGAUUAAAAAGUAUUUUUUAAAUUGUAAACUAAGCAGUCUAGAUAACCAGUCUAGAUAAGACCCUUCUUCCUUGGCUGGGUUCGUUUACAAUUGCAUUUGGGAUCGUUUGAAGCCUCAUUUAAACUGCAUUUUGGAAGUUCGGGGCAAAAUCGGGGCACCAUAUCAGUCCAUUAUAUGGAGAAAAAUCCUGAAGUGUUUUCCUCAAGAAACAAAAUUUCUUUACGACUGAAGAAAGAAAGACAUGAACAUCUUGGAUGACAAGGGGGUGAGUACCAUUAUAUGUGAAUUUUUGUUCUGGAAGUGAACUUCUCCUUUAAUCUCUAACAGUUAUUUUAUUGCUUGUUUGGACAUUAUAUUUGUUAACCUCAUUAUGUUUGGACCACUGUAAUUUGAUUAUUUUUUUAGUAAUUUAACGCAUUAUAAUUUCCAAAUUAGUAAUUAGACAAUAGUUACAAGCAUGUGUUACCGCUGCGUUACAUCAUUGCGACAAAAUGCGAUUUAUCAUGUAGAUUAUAAAAAGGGUGUUGGCUAGCACACGCGGCGUCCUUUACCUGAGAACUACUUUGACUAGAAAGUGCCUGUCAGGUGGAUACUACCAGUGAAAGCAUAGUCAGCAUGGAGAGAGGAAAGCACACGUUCUGUAGCUGGAAAUACAAUCAUUGUUUUUAGUUUUUACAUUUUUAAAUAAAUAACAGCAUUUUAGCAACCUUAAUAUUGUAGAUUUUUAAUCAAGGCAAUAAGCAAAAACAUUUUUUGGAAAAAAAAAAAAAUGUAAUAGUACACAACAAUCCAUACAGAUUACAAAUAUACAGAGAAGCAUGUUACAGACAUAGCUUAUUUGUCUGAAAUGCAUCUGUUAAAAUAUAAUAUAACCUCAUGUAAAAGCAAAAUCCAAAACAAAAAAAAUCUGAUGUGUGUGCUGAUUUUAAAGAUUCACCAUUAUACUCCUCAAAGGGAUCAUUCACCCAAAAAUGAAAAUUCUGGUAUCAUUUACUCACCCUCAAGUUGGUCCAAACCUGUAUGAAUUUCUUUGUUCUGCACAAAGGAAGGUAUUUUGAAGCAUGUUUGAGGCCACACAAUUUUGGGGCAGCACUGAUUUCCAUAGUAGGAAAAAAAUACUAUGUUAGUCAAUGGUGCCCUAAAAUUGUUCAGUUAUAAGCAUUCUUCAAAAUACCUUCUUUUGUGUUCAGCAGAACAAAGAAAUUCAUACAGGUUUUGAACAACUUGAGGGUGAGUAAAUGAUACCAGAAUUUUCAUGAGUGAAUGAUCCCUUUCAGUUAGAUGGGCAAUUGAAUUUUGCAGUAGCUAAUGCCAAGUGUAAGGUUUACAGAACCUCAGACAUUUUGAUCUUCUGAGACGGACAAUACACACGCAGUAUAUUAAGAUAUAGACAAUUGUUUCCACAUCUCACUGAGAGAAGAUGUGAGAAAAGUCCCUUUCCACCUAUUCCUUUCAUCCACUUCCCCUCACCCAUCUCCUCGCACUGAGCUCACUUAGACCGGUCAAUAGCAUAAUAAAAUGUUCUACAUGAGUACAAGUGAUAUCCAUAGUCAUGUUUAGUAUCAUUUGAACUGUCACUGUGUGUCUGGUACAAUGGUCUCAUUCUCACAAGAAGUAAAUGAAAAGGUAAACAGAUCCUAAGAGUUCAGAGAUAUAUUGCUCACUGUUGAGGUUGUAGUAUUUCCCAGUGUCUUUCAUGCAAAUUACCAUCUGUCCCCAAAAGGUGCAAACGAUCAAGUCUAAGACUUGAUCAAUGCAAAUUCAAAUUGUUGGUUCCUGUCUCCAUUUCGGGGGAUGUCUGUCUGGGUCUGAAGUUCUUAAAGAAGUGUAGCAAGAAGAUCAGGGCGCUUUUCUGUAGCCAGAAUGAGCUCAUGGUAUGAGGUGUGUUGACACACUUCGUACUAUGUAUUUUUCUCAAGUCAGGUAUGCAUCUUACUCCUAGAUUCAUCUUGGAGAUUUCUUGUAAUGAUUUGAUAUCUUUAAAUUGGCUGUAUAAUUGGCGUAAUACAUAUUUACCUGACUGACAAUAAAUUAUAUAUUUGAUUUUA